ACCACAGUCAGAUUCCACCACAACACUAUCUGAAUGAAAAUCAGGGAGGGGAGCAAAAGAAAAGAGCGAUCGAUGUCUUACAGUGGUUUGGAUUCUGAGUUUUGCGAAAGGAUUUUAGGAAAUAUUUACAGUGUAUAUACAGUAAUACGACCACUAUCCUACCUAGCCUACUUGUUAUGAACUAACGCGUUGUCAUGCCACGAUCCUUUUUGGUGAAAAACAAGAGGUGCACAUUUUACAAUGUGCACCAAUCUCACGAAGAUGAAGCCGAACCGAGGGACCCGGCAUUUACAGAACCAAAGAGUCCAGAGUCUCCAGUCAGGCCUCAGUCGCUGGGUCAGCCCACUCAUCCCGACCCCUAUUCUUACAUGAAAAAUGAACAGGAGCCUGAUCGGCCAGUCCCCUUUCACCCUGACCCAACAGGACAACCUGUUACCCGUGCUCCUCCACCAUACUACUUAUCAGAGGCUCACAUGGCAGUGCUCCCUGCAUACUACAAGCCCUCCUACACCUGGGACUCUGUACCUGCGCCCUAUGACCUUUGUCCGAUGGGCUUCCCCCACUCCCUCCUGCAGCACUCCAGCAGCCUGUUUGGGGUUAAAGUCAGCCAAAGCCCUGAACCCCAGCAACCUCUGGACUGCAGCACACACUACUACCCCACCUCGGGAACUUAUCACUGCAUCACCUGUGACAAGGUGUUCUCAACUCCUCAUGGUUUGGAGGUGCAUGUCAGACGCUCCCACAGCGGGACCAGACCAUUCGGCUGCAGCAUCUGCAGGAAAACCUUUGGUCAUGCUGUCAGUCUGGAGCAACACAUGAACGUUCACUCACAGGAAAGACAUUUUGAAUGCAAGAUGUGUGGAAAGACAUUCAAGCGCUCCUCCACCCUCUCCACCCAUCUACUCAUCCACUCCGACACCAGGCCCUACCCCUGUCAGUACUGUGGAAAGAGAUUCCACCAGAAGUCGGACAUGAAGAAACACACCUACAUCCACACAGGUGAGAAGCCCCACAAAUGCCAGGUGUGUGGCAAGGCAUUUAGCCAGAGCUCCAACCUCAUCACACACAGUCGUAAACACACAGGCCUUAAGUCCUUUGGCUGUGAGAUCUGUGCCAAGGGCUUCCAACGCAAGGAGGACCUCCGCAGACACCAUGAGAGCCAGCAUGGCAUGAAGUGACGAGGUUGAGAACAAUGGAUAGACAAGAAGAGGAAAGAGUGCCUUAGCAAAACAACAUAGCAAAGAAAGGGAAAGACAGACCAAACAUGUGCCUUAGUGGUGCAUCAUGACACAAAAUGGCCACUACGGACACACUCAUUUUGUUUUACACAUAUCGUAUUGAAUCUUAUCCUUCUUGUGAAAAGGCAUUUUUAAGGUCAAUCAGAGCCAGCAGCUAACCAGCAUAAAUUAGACAAGGCAAAUUGUGAAGAUAUUUUUUUCAUAAAGUAUUUGCUAUCACUUAAGGAGGAACAGCCCUUUGGAAUAAAAUAUAAUUCAACUGAUAUCCUUUGGGUGCAUUAUGAUGUUGUACACUUAUGACAGAGGCCUUUAAAGUCAAAUGUGAAGAGAAAUAGGUCUCGUGAUUUUGUUGCAUAAUGUAUUUAAGAAAAAGCUUUAUAUGUUCACAAAGAGUGCGUUUGCCAUUCAUACUAUAGUUAUAAAUGAAUCUUGUGUCAAAUAAAAGGAAGCAAUGGUAUGAAUGAACAAAUGCUC